UCCCAUUAGGCAUUAGGCAUUAGGCAUCGCCCACUUAUUAUAUAAAAAGACCUCAUUUUGCUCAUGCGUGCUACUUAUAGCCCGCCAUCUCUAAUAUCUAUCUACCAUUACAACCCUACAAGAAACAAGUACCGAUUUGAUGGGAAACAGUUUAGGAGGCAGAAAGACUGUCAAAGUCAUGAAAAUAACCGGCGAAACAUUCAAGUUAAAGACGCCGGUGAAAGCAGGAGAAGUUGUUAGGGAUUAUCCAGGUCAUGUUUUGUUAGAGUCUGAAGCAGUUAAGCAUUAUGGUACUAGAGCAAAACCAUUAGAACAACAUCAAGAUUUGGUAGCGAAGAGGCUUUAUUUUCUAGUAGAGUUACCUAAGCCACCAACUGAGAAAGUACCAAGAAGGGUCCGGUCAGGGAUUCAAAUGAGUGCUAAAGACAGGCUGGAGAAUCUAAUGUUGGCUCGAAGAUCAGUGUCUGAUCUUACUAUAAUGAAGAAUAGUGCAUGUUCUUCUAGCGGCAUUGCACCCGAUCAGGAAAAUGAAACAGACAGUAAUGGUUCAAUAACGAGGGUGAAAAUGAGGUUACCUAAGUCAGAAGUAGAGAAAUUGAUGAAAGAAAGUAAAGAUGACGCUGAAGUAGCUGCAAAGCUUAUGGAUCUUUGCAUUUCAAAUGAUAAAGAGAAAAUUAGGUCUAAUCAUCAAAGUAUUGCUCAAAAUAGUGGAUUCUUGCAGCAGCAGCAACAAGUGCAUAGGAGUAGUAACCAUGAUCAGACAAUUACUAGAAAAAGUGUCAAUGCACGUGAGAAACGUCGAGUGAGUUUCGUGCCAGUAAGUGAAGGAGAGAUGCAAAUAGCUGUGGCUUCUUAUUGACAAGAAAGAAACUAUAUGUGAUUAGAAGUAUACAUCAGAUGAAUUACCCCAUAAAUAAAUUAAAGUGAAGCAUUCGGUCAAAAGAUGGUACUCAUCAAUUACAUGUCUUUCUAUGUCUCACUUUUAAAUGAAUUCUGUAAUAUCAGUGACUUUUUAAUAUAUUUAUAUAUUUAUUGAAUAAAAAAUUAUAAAAUUUUAAAUUAUUUUAUAUAAAAGAAAUUUUCUUUUUAAAAAAAUUUUGUAUUUUUUAUAUAAUUUUAUAAUUUUUUUUAAUAGACACAUAAAUAUAUUGAGAGUACUACGAUACUAUAGAAUUCACUCACUUUUUGUACAUAAAUCAAAAGGAAGUUUGAGAUUAUGCAAUGAAAGAGCAUAGAAUGAGAGAUGUACCGUUUUGCUUUGUUAUAAUUCUAUAAAUAUUUAGUAUGCUUCUUUUUAUCAUUUGUUACAUUUAGUUAGAGAUUGUUAUUUGUUUUCUAAAGAUAAAUAUAUAUUUGCUUGUCUUGUUUUUUUU